AUGCCUCAAGAGGUCUUUUUGGAGCACUUCAUGAACUUGAUGCAGCUUUCUAAGCCCGACAUCUUUGUGGUCACUGGAAAGUGGUGCAAAGCCAUCGCCGCCAGCGACUUCAGGGAGAGGAAGAGCGACCAACGCGACGUGCUACAGGCUUGCAACGCAGGACUGUGGUGUUUCUUCAAGGGCAUCAACGCUUGGCACAGGGCCUGGCCCAACGCUUUGUUGGCUGCGGCACGGGAGCUGAGAGAACAUUGCCGGCACCCGGAAGAGAGGAUCUCAAAAAACGCUCAAUGGACAAUGGCAGUUUGGGCUGGACACUGUUUUCAAACUGCAAAAAGGAAGGGCAUGAGUGUGACACGCCGAUGA